AUGGCCAGUCGAGCCGCCAACGUGGUCGCAGCCGCGACGGCUGGCUCGGUCACGUCACCGUCCUCGGCUGGCGGCGUCAAAGACCGGAAAAAGUCAGCUCACUGGACGGACAGCGACACGAGUGAGCUGCUCAACGUUCUGCUGCGCUACAACAAUGAUCGAACCAUCGAUAACGGUUUCCGCCCUGAAGUAUGGGAGGAAGCUUCGGCCAUCCUCGAGAGUGCAGUCAACAUGGGCGGUGCCAAGACGCCAGAAGCAUGCAAGUCACGAUGGCAGCGUCUACAGCGCGAUUACAAGGCUGUGAGAGACCUCGAGGAGUUUGCGGGCUUCACUUGGGACCGCAACGAGCAUCGGCUGAAAGCGUCCGAGCAGGCCUGGGAUGCGGCUGGUAAAAUGCACGCCGAGGCAAAGAAGGCGCGAAAGAUUCAUUUGCCGUGCUACGACCAGCUCGCGGCUCUGUGUCCGGACGGCAAGUCGGGUGGUAAGACGUCUAGGCGCCCAACCAAGCCGCGCGUGUCGUCAACCUCGUUCACCUCCGACAGCUCUGGGGUCGUCUCGUUAAACCUCACUCCAUCGGGGCAAAACGGCAUGGUCACACUUAUGCAGGACCCGUCUCACGAUCAUGCACGCGCGAUGGCUUCGGGGGCAGCAGCCGGCCUGCAACCUGGACUCACGCUACAGGGCGAAUCAUCGUUACUCUGGCCUGAGGACGACAGCGUUGAACAUGUGGAGACUGCCUUUACGUUACCGCCAAAUGCUACCCGUCAAACCUUCUCCAUGACACAGCAACAGCAGAAGCGCAUGCCCGCUUACGAUGCGAGCAUGAUGCAAGGGACGUCCCAGCACCCUUCGCCGAAACGAAGACGGCCGUCGGACAUGCCCGCACCGCUGUACCAGCACAUGCCCCUGGACAGACCUCAGCCCCAGAUGAUGCCGCAACACGCUACCUCUCAUGGCCCCCAGGACCCGCAGCAGAGCCAUCAACAGCAACAGCAGCAGCUCCAUACCCAGCAUCAUCCCACUCCACAGCAACAGCAGCAGGCCCAACAGCAGCAACAGGUCCAGCAACAACAACAACAGCAACCGCAACAACAGCAACAGCAACAGCAACAGCAUCACAUCUCCCCGCCCCAGCUUGCCCAGCCGCAACCUACCCCUCAACCCCCUCCUCAGCCUCCGCAACCUCAAGCCUUCCAGCAACCACCGCAUACUCCCUCUCAAUCCCAUUCCUCCCAUUCUGCAUCGGCUCAGCCGCAUCCUUCUCCCGUCACGAAUCGUCACGCCCCCCCACCACAGUAUGGAACGUAUCCGCCACAAACGACGUACGACCAACGAUCACCUCAGUAUACGCCUUCAGUUUCAGAGCAGCCCUUGCGCUCUCCGGUGUACCAGCCGCAACACAUGACGGAAAUGUCGCAGCCGUCGGAGGCUGCACUUAACCAUAACCCGAUUAGUGUUGAAAACGGAACACGACGUGUUUCAAGUCCUCAAACGCAUACGGGGACGGGUCAUUCGGGUCACGGCCAUGCCCGCUUAAGAUCCGCCGCGAACCUUACGCAAAUGAACAUUGCUCCGCCGGGCGGAGGUCCCAAUAGCAGGCUCAUGUCGCCAACGACAAUGGUGACUCCACAGCAGCGGCCCCUACGGACGAAUCUGUCGAUGGAGAGUAUGAGUCUGGAUCCGCCCGCAACGUCGAUGAUGAACUCGGUCACGAGCGGCACCGAUUCGACCAUCGAAACAUCGUCGACCCCGAUCGCCGCAACCCCCGCGAGUAGCAGCACGGCCGAGCUCGUAUUGGCCGAGCGCCACACCGAGGCACUCCGCAUCCUCCAGCGCGAGAAGACGCUGACGCCGGAGGAGAUGCUCGACAUGGUGCAAAAGUUUGAGGACCACCCUCGCUCCGUAGACUCGUACCUGGCGCUGGAGGGCCCACUCCGCACGGCGUACGUCAAGUCGACGAUAUCCAAGAGCAAGAAGUGGAGGCCGUAG